AUGAAGAAGAUGAGCCAUGAGAAAACCCUCUCCUCACUCUUUUAUUAUCUUCUGUUUUGCUUAAUAUGCAGUGUUUCCCUUAUUCCCACUUCCUCCUUAGUAUCAUCACCUAUUCUCUACUCAAAUGAAACCGAUAGACUUGCUCUUUUAGAGUUUAAAGACCGGAUUAUUUCUGAUGAUGAUCCCAAUGGAGGAGUAGUUCUUAACUCCUGGAAUGACUCUGUGCACCAUUGUGGUUGGCAAGGAGUGAGGUGUGGUCGUCGACACCCACGAGUUGUGGCGUUGAGGCUUCCUGAGAUGGGGUUGGUGGGAACCAUAUCUCCUCAUAUUGGAAAUCUCACUUUCCUCAGGCUUCUUCAUCUCAGUGACAAUAAUUUGUACGGUGAAAUUCCAGUAGAGAUUGAUGGUUUGUUUCGACUAAGAUAUCUCGACCUAUCUGAGAAUGCACUGAUGGGAGAAGUGGCUAAGCUUAAUCUCAGCAGCUGCGUACACCUUAGGGAACUCUAUUUUCAUGGGAAUGGCCUGCAGGGGAACCUCCCUACUGCAUUCCAAUUCCUACCUAGUUUGAAGAAGCUACAAACACUCUCUCUGGGUACCAACAGAUUGACAGGUAGAAUUCCUCCCACUAUUGGGAAUUUGUCAUCACUUCAAGGGUUGGACUUGGAGAUGAAUCAUUUGGAGGGACGUAUUCCGCAUGAGAUUACGCGGUGUUGGGGUUUAAAUUUUCUUUCACUUGGCGUCAACAAUUUCACUGGUACACUAUCUCCUUCUUUCUUCAAUAUGACUUCUAUACAAAGUUUUUCAGUAGUGGUAAACUCACUUCAUGGGACCAUUCCAAGCGACAUAGGAGACACCAUGCCAAACUUGGAAGGCUUUCAUUUUGCUGAAAACAAAUUCCAUGGAACCAUCCCUAUUUCAUUUCCCAAUGCCUCAAAGCUUCAAAUUCUUGAGUUAUCACGGAACUAUUUUGUAGGGAAAGUUCCAGAUAAUAUUGGAAAGUUAAAAGAUCUUGUAUCUUUGAACCUUGGCUACAAUCUUCUUGGUAGCAAUGAUCCCCUCAAUGACUUGGUUUUUAUAACAUCUCUGUCCAAUUGUAGUAAUUUUAAGUUAUUUAUCAUUCAAGAAAAUAGAUUUGAAGGUAAAUUUCCAAACACCAUAGCUAACCUCUCAUCCAAACUCCAAACCCUAUAUCUAGGACAUAAUAAGAUAUUUGGUACAAUACCCGGAGCAAUAAAAAAUCUAGGUAGCUUGAUCGGUUUCAUUAUAAAGGACAAUCUAUUAUCAGGUGUUAUUCCUAGUGAGAUAGGUGAAUUGCAUAAACUACAAUUUUUGGAUCUUAGUAUAAACCAAUUAUCUGGAAAAAUGUCACUCACUCUUUUUAACCUUACUUCUCUAGCUUCACUUUUUUUGGAUAACAACAAUUUUGAUGGCAAUAUACCACCAAAUGUUGAAAACUUCUGGAAUUUGAAUGAAUGUGUCUUGUCCAAUAACAAACUAGAUGGCACCAUUCCUCAACAAGUUUUUAAUUUGCCAUCAUUGUCUAAGUACCUUGACCUUUCCCGUAAUUCAUUUACUGGUCCGUUAUCUCCCGCCGUGGGCAAAUUGAAAACACUAAAUGCCUUAGACAUCUCUCAAAACAAAUUGUCGGGCGAAAUUCCACAAACAAUUGGAGAUUGUUUGAGCCUUGAAUAUCUUUAUAUGCAUGAUAAUCUCUUUGAAGGUAAAGUCCCACCUUCUUUGGUUUCCUUAAAAAGCAUUACGUAUUUGGAUAUCUCAAACAACAAGUUGACUGGAGAGAUUCCGAGAGACCUCCAAAGGCUCCCUCUCUUGCAAUAUUUGAAUCUUUCUUUCAAUGAUCUGGAAGGUGAGGUGCCAACAAAUGGAAUUUUUGCUAAGGCAAACCAUGUAUCAUUGGUUGGAAACAAAAAACUUUGUGGUGGUAUACCUGAGUUAAAGCUGCCUCCAUGUCCUGUGAAGAAAACAAAACACAAAAAUCAUUUAAAGCUUAUGAUUGUUAUCUUCACAUGUAUCUGCUCGGCUCUGGUGUUUGCAUCAUUCAUUGCUUUUCUAACAUUGUGUUGGAGGAAGGGAAAAAUGAUGGAGUCGGCAAAGCCAUCCAAAGUUGAAAAGCUUUCCAAGAUCCCUUAUAGAGAUUUGCAUCAAGCUACAGAUGGAUUCUCUGAGACAAAUUUGAUCGGUUCGGGAAGUUUUGGCUCUGUUUACAAAGGAAGAUUUGAUGAGCAAGGUGGAGGAGAACAAACAAUUGCGGUGAAGGUACUUGACCUUUUAAAAAUUGGAGCAUCAAAGAGCUUUCUUGCAGAAUGUAAAGUGUUGAGGAACAUACGCCACCGAAAUCUUGUUCCAAUUUUGACUUGCUGCUCGAGUUGUGAUUUUGCAGGUAAUGAAUUCAAAGCUUUGGUUUAUGAGUUCAUGGAAAAUGGGGAUUUAGAUAUGUGGUUGCAUACACAUUCAUUUAAUGCAAGGACAACCGUUCUAAGUGUUCUUCAGAGGUUAAACAUUGCAAUCGAUGUAGCUUCUGCA